AUGGAAGUUGGUGGUUUGCGAACAGUCUAUGAUGAAUAUAGGCUCGAAGCCAGCGCCGACACCGUCAUAUCCGGUAUGGAAGUUUGCGAAAACCCCGAGAGUCUCAAUUGUCAAGGCUGCUUGGGCCUGAGAAUUCGGAUGACCGAUGGAAAAGAAGCCAUAACGACUGUAACGCAUGGCUUUGCGAGAAACCCUCAACGGUCUCGCAUGACGAUGAUGUUUUCCGAGUGGAUCCUGAAAUCCAAGAGCGCUCUUCUACGCUGCCGCCGCCCACCACCUCAAUCCGACACUUGUGAAAUUGGAGUCGUACGGAGUUCAAACAAAAAUUCCCCGAUUGGGAAAGAGGUUUGGCUAACGACGGAGAAGAAGAGGAUCGGUGUUAUCUCCCAUACAUUCGACGAUCCAAGUCCAGAUCUUCCGUUUCCCGCUGGCUAUCGACAUGACCUUAGCCUUAUCAUGGACGAUAAUCUACCUCAGGCAACUUGUCAGCCCGCCUGGCUAUCCCACUGUGUCGGGAUGGGCGUCAUACUCAGCUGCGCUCGCUGGGUCCGAUGUCUACGUAACCAGGAUGAGCACCACAGUCGUUGGGAGGCGGCUUCUACUCGAAGGAACCGUUGA